AUGGCAACUCCAACUUCCUCGCGCGCGCCCUCUGAUGUGCCUUCCAUUACGGACCAAACUCUCAACGCUCGUCGUACCUCUCUCGGUUUUCUUCGACGCUCCAAAUCUACCGAGCCCCUCGGGGAACAACGAAAAGCAUCGGGAAGUCGCAAAAAGAUGACAAAGUCUCAAAUGAUGGAGGAGGAGAUGCGCCGUCAGCGCGAGUCGUACGCCCCAAAAAUAGCCCCUCGCCUGCCGGACUUUUCCCCCACCCCGCAGCUGGAGACCUUUGGAGGCGAAGAGCGUGAUACCCUCAAGGCAGAGCCCGCCUUGCCUCGCCCUCAUUCUGGUUUCGAAGCACCACCACUGCAAUCGCCCACGGAAGCUAUGGAUCCGUAUGCACGUUCCGAAAGCAUGACCCACCGGGGCCGCUACAGCUACGCCAGCAGCGCUGUCAGCACUGUCAACAGCCCUCGUCGGGUUCGUCGCCGCAAGGAUCCCACCUCCUACAACGUUUUGGUGGUUGGCGCUCGCAACUCUGGCAAGACUGAGUUCCUUAACUUUCUCCGCAAGGCACUCACCAUGCCGGCGCACAAGCACCCUACUCGCACUCCCGAAGAAUUGGAGGAGCUGGAACGUCAGACCUCCGCCUACGAAGGCUUCACAUCGCAGUAUCUUGAAACAGAAAUCGACGGGGAGCGCGUCGGCUUGACCCUAUGGGACUCUCAAGGUCUCGAGCGCAACAUCGUGGAUCUGCAGAUGCGCGCCGUAACCGGGUUCCUUGAAAGCAAGUUCGAAGAGACCCUCGCGGAGGAGAUGAAGGUGGUGCGCUCCCCAGGAGCUCGUGACACUCACAUCCACUGCACCUUCCUGCUGCUGGACCCAGUCCGUCUCGAUGAGAACAUUGCCGCCGCUGAACGUUUCGCCAAUGGUACCUCCAAGGCUACUGACACACCCGUGCUAGGCGUCUUGGAUCAAAACCUGGACCUGCAGGUACUGCGCACCAUCCUGGGCAAGACCACUAUUGUACCAGUCAUCAGUAAGGCGGACACCAUCACUUCCGCCCACAUGGGAUACCUGCGCAAGGCCGUUUGGAACAGCCUCAAGAAGGCCAACAUCGACCCUCUGGAGAUCUUGACCUUGGAAGACCAGGAAGAGUAUAGCUCGUCCGAGAGUGCUGAUGAGGAAUCGAUACAAGAGACUGACCCCACGGAACCCGAAUCUACCGAUCCCGAAUCCGCAGAACCUUCCGAGGUCAAGGACAAGGAGACCAAGUUGGAGCGCACGCCGUCCCAGCGCAGCGAGACCAAGUCCAUUGGAUCACAGGGUCCUGCCAAUCCCCACGUGCCAUUCUCGAUCUUGUCCCCGGACCCACACUCCCUCGCAUCUGGGGAAGAACCGGUCGGUCGCCGAUUCCCAUGGGGUUUCGCUGACCCAUACAACCCGGAACAUUGUGACUUCGUACGAUUGAAGGACUCGGUGUUUUCUGAAUGGCGGUCGGAGCUGCGCGAGGCCAGCCGUGUGAUCUGGUAUGAGCGUUGGAGAACCAACCGCCUCAACCGGAACGGACAGCCUGCGCCCAUGCCUGCCAAAUCCUACGGUGGUCGCAAGGGCCCUGGUAUUCAUGAUGGUCGCCGUACGCGUUAA